CAAGUUGUCUCAAGUACAUGCACUCACCAGCUUGUGUGGUACAACAUUAUUUGCUGAUUUUUACUUGUUAAGUCCUAUUUAUUACUAGUUUUAUUACUUUUUUGUGCCUUUCGUCAUUUAUUAGCAGUUUUGAAGGCUUUUUUACCGAUGGGGGUAUUCACCCUUAUAUUAGUCAUUUUGUAGCCGUUUUCCACAAGGGAGAUAUUCGCCCUUUAUUAGCCGCUUUGUAGCCGUUUUCCACAAGGAAGGUAUUCGCCAUUUAUUAGCCGUUUUGUAGCCGUUUCCCACAAUGGAGGUAUUCGCCCUUUAUUAGCCGUUUUGUAGCCGUUUUCUCGAAGGGAGCCACCACUAGGUGUACUUUGUGAAGGGUAUAAUAGGACGAAGAAGUUCCCGGAUUUCCCUUCCGUGUUUGGGGUGAGCUUGGAAUCCAUGACACCAGGUUAUAAUUGGAUACAUUUUUCAAGGGAGUUCUACAGCUUCCCUGCUAAUAUGUUUGCCUUGGUCCACGAACCUAUUGGGAACUCGUCACAGAAUGCCACGGCGAUCCGAGAAGUCCAUGAUUUCAAUGCAGGUCUCUCUUAUAGGUUUGAGUACGGGACUGAUAAGUGUACCGUUGGGCCUAUACCAGUUGAUACCUUCAUGCAUGAUGCUGAUUCACCGGACGGUAAACGCGUCGUCCUGAAAUCACCCACGAGCUUCCUCCUGCCGAACCAGUCAUCGUGGAUUUACCAGGGAAAUACAACGUUACGUGGUAUUGACGUGGAGGGGUGGAUCACAGCCACCAAUAUUACUAUCGGCCCUCUCGUCUGGAAUGCUACCAUGGAAUACUUCUUUGCUAGGGGUAACUGGACCGGUGGCACGGAUCAAACUGGAUUGGUUCAUCAGAUGCCUUUACAAUUCAAAUCUUCUUUAACUGCCGAUGUUGGGGGCUUUCCAGUCAACGUCGUUCACAUACAAAAUAUGUUUCAUUACACCUAUCAUAUCUCAUCUUAUGUCUUUGAUGUUCACCUGUGCUACAAUGAAGAGGACAGCCGCUCCAUGGCAGUAGAGAUCUUGGGAAUGGAUAUUCGUAAAAACUACAUUGUAAACAACACCCAAAAUUUCUACGCUGCAGUUCAGCACGCCAUGGCUAAUGCCUCUGGUCUUCCGGCAAGCCGUAUUGGCAAUGUUUAUGCUGCUGAGGGUGUUGAAGAGAUUCUGAUUGUCUACUUUGACAUGCUUGGCCUACCACCUGUUGAAGGGAACGCUGUUAACCCUAAGCACGGUCCCGAGCUGGCGGAGGCUCUCGUUACCCUCGAAGAACGAGUGCUUAAAAAAGAUCCAAUCCGUAUCAAUUUCACCAAGGAUGGCAAGGAUGUGACCCUGAUUGUUGCGAGAGGAUCGCUUCGGUUUGACUUUCACCCACCAUCGGAUGACAAUGAAGGUGUAGGAAGAGGAGCAGCAGCUGGUAUUGGGAUCGGAAUGUUCCUCCUGGGAGCUAUCAUCGCUACAUUGAUUGCAGUUGCGUAUGUCAAACGUAGCUCGUUCCCACCUCCACCAUAUGGCGUACAGGGAUAGAGGUGAAAAUGUUCUAUAAUUUUAUGAUGGAUGGGGGAUUGCUGUCUUUUUAUUCGGGGGGGGGGGGGGGGGGGGGUUGACAUUUUUGCUGGUCUACGAAGCAAAUUUGGUUGCCCUAAAACAAUAGAAAACAUUACAAUUUAUCAAAACUUUGGUAGCCCGACCGGACCACCAAGUGUGGGCUUUUACAUAAUUUUGGUGGUCCUACUCUCAUGUUUGGUUGCCCUGGGCAACUGCUAAUAUCGAGCCCUGCGGUGUGUAUACACUUGGUUUACAAGCAGUGCCAGCCACACAAAAACGAUGUAAGCACCAAUAACAGAGGACCUUUUAUAACCGAUAAUGCCACAUCCUUGUCUGAUGUCACAACAAUGUGUUAGUUCCAUCUUGGAUCAGUCUUUGACAUCACAAUCGGAAAGAUAUGUCCGGGCCUAUUGUUUGUGCUGUGUUAAUGCUAACAACGUUUCUGUGGGGCAGCUACGGUCGUCUAACACUGUCAUGGCUAAUCUCACUUGGUCUAACUUCCAAUUUGGUCUAAUUACUGUUUGGUCCACCCAUCACUUGUCCAGUACUCACUUGGUCUCAUUGGAAAUAUGACAAAAUCGUAAAUAGACUAAAUGGCAAUUAGAUCAAAUGAUUUAGACGGUUUCAGAGCUGCCAACCAGUACGUUUUUGCAAUCAAGUUACGACAGUACGUUUUUUUAAUAUAUUUUUUUUACAUAAUCGUAAUUUAUUGAGAAAAAUCAUCUUAUGUUUCUAUUUCAUAAAACUUACACAAAUAUGGUUAUUGGAUCAAUGUAAUAUCAGGUAACUUGUUUUUUUCUUCAAUCAUUUUGUUAAAACCAGGGUGAGAUAUACGCAUAUUUCAAUGUUUUUUUUUUCAUCUGCAAGAGCAGUGCGCAUUUUAGCUUGCAUGCAGCUUGAGUGCCGCAAUGAGCGCGCGCCACGCAUUUUAUUAUGAAAUACAGUUUUUUUGGGAAAAAUAAAUUUUUUUAUCACAGAACACAAUUUUUCAUUCCCAGAGGUUGGCAGGUCUGGGGCUUAGAUCACACAGAAGUAUGCAAGCCGGGUGUAGACCAUGUGGUAAUCUACCAUAUUUCACAGUACACCUUUCAUGGUGUACAAUGGAAUAUAAUAUGAAUCGAAUGUGGUGAGCCAUUUGGGAUUGCCGAUCAUGUAUAUAAAAUGCAGGAGCUAAAUUGAAAUACAGGUAAAGACACCUUUUUGAGUGAAUGUAGUGCAAAGUUUAUUUUUUCAUAUUUCUCCAGAUUAUUAUAAAUAUAGACUCAUUUUUAAAAACAGCAUGGAUAUAUGAAAGGGAAAGUUCACCUUGACAUUAGGCUGGUUUUCAUUACAGCAGAAAAAAAACCAAACAAAAUGAAAAUUAAACCAAACCAUUAAAUAUGGAUACAGACAUGUAACACAGGUGAAAUUGAACCAAGUUUGCAGGAUUUCAUUACCCACAAUGUUAUCCUUCACUUUUACAGCUUGUAUUCAUUAAUAGCUCAAGGUAUUGUACAGAAAAUUAUGUCAUUUAUAUAUCAGUCAACUUCUAUUUCUAAUUAUAUUCCAUAAUUACAAUGGAAACAAUGGCCCGUAUUCUGAAGUCGGGUUUAACUUAAACUUUGGUUUAAAGUUGUGGUUUAAGUAUGGAUAGCCAAUUGUUACAUAAAUCACUAACAGUAGAGAUAUCAUAUUUCAACUCAUUUGGCUCUAAAAUCAUUCAUAAUUGUCUAGGAAGUAUAAAUAGAUGAUUGUCUUCACCAUUGAAGAAUCAGGAAAGAACAUAGUAAAUAUAAGAAACAUACAACUUAAUAAAAAUUUUGACACUUUUGGCUUCCCAUAAUUUUAGCACAGAGUUAGACCAUGGUCUAAGUUAAACCUGACUUCAGAAUACGGGCAAUGAAUUUAUAUCUUGACCUUGUAAUUACUUUCACUCGGGAUAAUGAAAAACUCCAGUGUGUGGUUUAAAGAUGGUGGACCGAGGUGUCUUGUUUCAUUGUCUAGUACUAGAUGUAUUUACAACAUGUGUAUUGUACUUUUUAUCAGGCUGAUUCUAAAACCACAUUUACAGGGUAUGUUUUUUCUUUAAGUAUUCACAACAAAAGUACUAUUCAAAAGCUUUACAAAAAGAUGCUGUAUGUAUAUUAUCUGAAACUGAUUUAUAUGUCUUAUGUUAAAGAACUUUUAUGGGUUAUUUUAUUAUUUAAAAGCUACUUACCCACUGCAUAUUCUGCAGUAGGCUUAUAUCUGAUAUACAAAAAGAUGCUGUAUGUAUAUUAUCUGAAACUGAUUUAUAUGUAUUAUGUUAAAGAACUUUUAUGGGUUACAUUACUUAAAAGCUACAUGUACUUACCACUGCAUAUUUUGCAGCAGGUUUAUAUCUGAUCCAUUGUACAAAGUUAAAGUGAUUGGUUAACAUUGGUUUGACUUUAAAAAAAUCUGAGCUAGAAGGUCACACUUGUCACCUGUGUCUGUGAUAUGUUACAAAAAUGAAGCCCAGAAAAAAUUGCGUUCGAAAAUAAUUAUUUAGUGCUUCAAAAAUUGAAAUAUAAAGUGACCGGAAACACCAUCUUAAUUUCAUCCCAUACAUUUAUGUGUACUAUUUAGGCGUCUAUGAGACGCCUAUUUACAAAAUCGGGGUUUGCCUUGUAGUUUUAGCUUUUCAUUCUCAAUAAUGGUUGUUUUCAGGGUUUAUUAGUUCUAAUACAUGCACUUGUACACAUGUUUCAUCUUGGUUUGAGAAUUUUUUAAUCGGCUGCUCACAAAGUUAAACAAUUCCUUUAAGGGUCUUGCUAAAAUGUUUGUAUAUAUUUAAUAUCUGAAAAUGAUUUAUAUGUAUUAAGUUAAAGAACUUUUAUGGGUUACAUUAUUAAAAAGUUACUUACCCACUGCAUAUUUUGCAGCAGGUUUAUAUCUGAUCCAUUGUACAAAGUUAAGGGUUGUGCUCAAAUGUUUGUAUAUAUUUAAUGUCUUUCAACUUUCCUAAGGUAAGCAAAAUCCUGAGUGUACUUUUAUAUUAAUUGAUUUUUCAAACCUACUGAUAAGUAAAAACAUGUGAUUUUAUUGGAUAUGUAAAAAAAAUCAAUAUAUUUGUGAUAAUACACAUAAAUAUUAUAUUUCUUGUAUGAGUUGCAAUCAAUUUCAACUCGCUCUUCAACCAAUCAACACCGAGUAGUUGGAACUUGGUUAUAACUUUAAUAUAGAUGAUAGGGAGUUUUUGUACUGCGAUGCACGACGGAUUAAAAACACAGUAAAUGUAUUGAGAAGGCUCGUCGAAUGACAAUGAACAGCUGGAAGGUCUUUGUCAAAAAUUGGUGAACCGGAACAGCAGAUUCUUUUAAAGAUUUGAAGCUGACAAAAAAAAAUUGCAAGUUCGCAAUUGUCCAGAGUCCAGGACGAAACUGCUGUUUUGAUUCACCAAUGAUCGACAAAGACUCCUUGGUUGUUCAUUGUCACGAAGACCAUUCCACAAUACAUUUUCCAGGGUUCCCAUCCCAUCAGGGAAAUCGGGGAAAAUUAUUUGCCUUUUUUCCAGUCAGGGAAAAAUCAGGGAAUUUUAUUAAAAAUACACAUCAAAUCAGGGGAAAAUGCCUCAAAUCAGGGAAAAGUCAGGGAAUUUUGAUCAGCCCAAAAGUCGAAAGCACGGUAGUCAGUCAGACUCUGUUAUAUUUUGUUGCCUAUCAAAACAACAUCCAUUGAAUCACUGGUUAUGGUGGUACUAAUUAGUUUUACAUUAUUGUUUUUAUACUGAAAAUAAGGCAUGUUAUUCACUGCAACAACUUAGAAAACAUAUGAAACUGGGAAUGGGUUUGAAUAAUUAUCAGGGAAUUUUUAAACUUCACCAGGGAAAAAUCAGGGAAGUUUGUUUUCUUGAAAAGCUGGGAACACUGUUUUCUAUGCUCUUGAAUCUGUUGUGCAUUGUAGAGCAAAAUACUCCCUAAUAAUGAUGCUUUAAGUAACUCAAGAUCACUUUGUCUAAAUGAUAGGUUUCACAAUUAAUCACAAAUUUGUACUUGCUGGUUCACUUCUUGCAACAAACAGAAAUCUCUAGACACAAAUUGUAAUCAGUUGUAAAUUUGAAUAAUAAUUUAGCAAUUGAUUGCAAAUAUUUUCUUGAAACAACCCCUGGUAUAGUAAAAUUAUCAUGCAAAAUGUUAGAUCGAAAUUGUUGCAUGAUAAACUGUUCAGUACUAAUUCAGUAUUCCACUUUUUUAACUUGAAAAAUAGUGUUAUGAUUCAUGUAAAAUAAUAUUUGAAAUGCAGAUGUUUCAUUAUUUCCAGUUUGAUAUUCCUUCCUUAUAUUUCUUCCAAGUUUUAUUACAUCUUCUCAAGACCACAAGUGGCGAGUUUUCCAAAGAAAUAACUUUAAUUUUCGUAUAUUAUAUGAAAUUAUUGAUAACCAGUAUUGCAUUUGUGUUUAAACAAAUAUAAAGGGCAAUAAUCAGAACGUCUUUCACUUCAUAAUGUAAUACAUUCUUUCACAGUAACUGAAAUGCUUAUACCAAUAUACAUAUGUAUUCGAGAUUUAAUUUUUUACUUUUCAUAACAGAUAUGAACUUUUGCUGGGAAAUAAUAAACGUAUGCUGAACCACAAA